AAUAUAGUGUUAAUAUAUUUCAUUUAACAUUCGUACGGAUAGUUAUUUAAUUCAGUAAUAAUUAUCGACCUUUAGUUAGUGGCGCCAUUAGUAUAGUUCAGUAUAGUUCAGUUAUGGUCUCUAUCAAUCUCUUCUAUAUCGUUCACUGAAAAAUGAAAAUACCGUAAACAACAGUAAACAAUUGUUUUAGGGCUGAAUCAACCGAAACUGUUUGAAACAACAAUGACAUAGUGUACAACAGAGAAAAUACUCUGUACAAUUCUAUGACAUAUAACUUGUAUUUUGACAAUGAUUAUCGCACGUGGUCUCAAAUGGUCAAAAAGCUGCCUUCGGCUUAUUAUACCCCAUUAUUUUCAAACGGUGUACAAGAAAAUUACAUGAUUUAGUUUUUCAUAAACUAUACAUGGAACUUAUUAACGGAAUGUUAAGAAAAUUAUUUUCCAAAACACAAUUUAAAAAUUUUUUUAAUCUUUUCUAACAGCUCAUUUAUCUAUGUUAAAUAUGAAGAAAGAACAUUUGGACGAACGCAUUGUUUGGCUAGAUAUGGAAAUGACUGGAAUUGAUGUAAACACAAAUCAUAUUUUAGAAGUAGCAUGCUUGAUUACAAAUAAAAAUUUAGAAGUUGUAAGCACAGAUUUAAAUAUAGUUAUUCAUCAACCAGAUGAAAUAUUAGAAAAUAUGACUCAGUGGUGUAUAAAAAAUCACACGAAAACAGGAUUAAUUGCUGAAUCACGUUUAAGUAAAACUACUGUACAAGAUGCUGAACAAAUCAUACUGGAACAUUUAAAGGCACAUGUAAGAGAAGGAAUAUGUCCACUUGCAGGAAGUUCAGUCUAUAUGGACCGUAUGUUUUUAUAUAAAUACAUGCCAGAUGUUAAUAACUAUUUACAUUAUAGACUUAUAGAUACUUCCACUAUCAAAGAAUUAAUUACGAGAUGGGAUUUGAAUAUACCAAAACUAAGAAAAGGUCAUGCUCAUAGAGCAUUGUCAGAUAUAAAGGAAAGCAUACAGGAAUUAGAAUAUUAUAAGAAACACUUAUUUAAUCUAUAAAGAUUAAAUACAAACAAUUUUAACAAACAAUGAUAAUUGAGUAUUUCAUGAUCAUUUUGUGAUCUAUCUUCCCUUAUCCUUAUCUUUGGCUUACUUUUACAGAAUAAACAGUUUUGUGUACUUGUUACUACAUUACAUUAUAAAUAAUACAAAGUUAGAUAUCAGAUAUUAU